AUGCCCAAGACACUCUUCACCUUCGGUUCCGGACCCUAUGGUGAGUUGGGCCAAGCACGACAGGACAGCUGCCACCAGCACCCAGAGGCAGUGGCUGUGCCCUUCCCCAGCGCCCCGCAGCUCAACGGAGAAGCGCUGGUGGAGGCAGUUGCGCUGGGGACGGACCAUUCGUUGGCGUUGGUGGGGGGCAAGGUCUACAGAUGGGGAUUGUACGGCGCUCAUGCUGUACCACGCUCCUGGCGCGGUCAUGGGCGAUGGGCCAGUGAGAACGAGAAGAACACGCCCGAGGUGGUGCCCGCGCCUCGGUUGUUGGCCGACCUCCGGGCCCGGAGCGCGUCUCCCGCGUCUCCGCAGGGAAGGCGAUCCCCGAGCCCCCGAAGGAGUGGUAGCCGGCAGAGAAGAGGCGUUGCUGCGAUCACCUGCGGUGGUUCAAACUCCUUCGUGCUUUCCACGGAGGGUGAAGUCUUGCUCUUUGGUGGUCUCUGGCCACCCGGCGGGGAUACGAACCAACUGCGACACCUCUGGGGCACCGCAAAGGGCGGUCCAGCCUCGAAAGUGUCGCAGGUUGCUGCGGGUUGGAGGCAUUGUCUCAUCUUGACUGAGGCCGGCCGCGUUUUUGCCCUGGGCGAUGACGAGUUUGGGCAAUGUGCUGGGAGUGGAAGCGGAGCAGCAGCCUUGCCUCUUCCUUCUGCACAGCUUGCAGUAGGUGUUGCUGCGGGCGCAUGUCAUUCUUUCGCGUGGGAUUCAUCAGGCAGCGCAUUCGCCUGGGGUCACGGCGGGAACGGGAGAUUGGGCCUUGGCUCCGCUAAGCAUCGGUCCCUGCCCGAACGAGUCGAUGCCUUGUCCGCGGUUUGCGGAGUCACCUGCGGUGCCAACUUCAGCUUUUUCGUGACCGAAGCCGGGAGAUGUCUUUGGGCCUGUGGUGGCAACAGCUACGGGCAGCUGGGUAUCGAGGCCACGUCAGCACUGGUGCCGCUUCCAGUGCCGCUGCCGACCAGCGAGGUCAUUGCAGCCAUAGAGAGUGGUGCCAACCACGUGAUUUGCCUCACGAAACCCGAGACUUCCAAGGCGCAUCGGAACUCCGUCUGGGCCUGGGGCAACUCGUCCUUUGGGCAAUGUGGGCGCCUGGAAGGAGUUGCUGAGAACCCGGAGAGUCAGAGAUGGCCUGCACGGCUGAUCGACUUCUCUCCUCCGUCCCCUCACUUUGCUGUUGCCGUGGCCGCCGGUCGCUCCCAUAGCGCCGUGCUGGCGACCAAGGGACCUUCGCUGCUUACCCCACCCUGGAGCCCAUCGAAGACGCCGACAGCGCCGGAGAAGGUGUCUCCUGAAAAGGCCCAACAAGAGGACGUCAUCGAGGAGUUUCUGACCUGCUUGGUCCCAACCCCCGCGGCAUCGCGUUCCAAGUCUCCUACGGCAUCGCUGGUCGAGUUGGGAGAAGCAGCCCUUCUGGAUGGAGGCCCGCGAAGCGCCCCGCUUCGCGCGCGUCGAGGUCAACGGCUGGGCGGAACUCAUGGCCUACAUGGCCUACGCGCGGCCCCAAAGCGGCCCGUGGGUGCCCGUCGUUCCAUGACACCACGGACGCGAGAGCCCGGACGGGCCGCUUGGCAGACCCCGCGGCAAGCCGCGGAAUUCAUAGAGCCAGUGACGCUGGAAAGACAGGCACCACUUGCACCAGGAUCACCUCCCAGGACCAAGGCACCAGACGCGAAGAAAGGUCUGUUGGCCGAAGCCGUUCUCGAGGAUAAGUGGAGCGGUAUCCAUCAGAGCCUGGAGGGCCUCAGCUCUCUGAUCGCCCAGAUCGGCUCGCCCGAGCGAGCCAAGAGAGCUGGACCGACGUCACCGGCCGCGCGGGUUGCGCAAGGUCCAGCCACCGAAGCCAGCCUUCGGCUGGGCAUUUGGCAAGGUCCAGCCAGCUUUCAUGAUUUUCAUGACUUCCACGAGAAGGAGCCGCCUGCAAUACGUCCGUUGCCGGAGAUAGUUGUGGAGGAGUCUAAGCUGACCUCGCGUCUUCGAGAAGAUAGCCAGAGCGACGUUCCCUUGGACUUUGUCCCGGGCGAGGGUGAGGAGGCAGCUGCACCUUAUGAACUCACUGAGGAACGCGAGGGCUCAGAGGAAGGUGAAGAGUUUGCAAGCCAGCGCAAGGUGAAUGCGCAAGAAGAUCGCUGGAAUGAGCGGCUGAAGUUGCAGGAAGAACAGCGUUUGGAAGAACAGAAGCAGCAACAAGAGCAGAGGAUGCGGCAACUCGAGCAGGAACUGCAGCAUCGGAGCCAAGCGGUUCAGCAAGACAGCAGCGUCGUGGAGCGGCAGAGAGAAGAGGAGCGGAGACGAAAAGAGGAGGAGUCACGGAGGGAGCAGCAAGCUAUCUUGGAGCAACAAGCUGAGGCAGCAAGAGAGGCAGCACAUGUCUCGAAAAGCGAGGGCGGACCUCAAGUCCAAAGAUUUCAGGAGAGCUGA